AAGCAAGCAAUUCACCAUCACUGCAACAAUCAUUCACACCGGAAAUGGCAUCAGUAACAAGCCAAGCAUCCCUCGCCGUCUUCCGGCCAUGCUUGUCGAAAUCAAGAUUUCUAACUGGUUCAUCCGGCAAAUUACCCAGAGAGUUCACUGCCAGGACUUCCCCGGCAAUCACUUCACAAUCAUUCAAGGUACAAGCCAAGAAAGGCGAGUGGCUGCCCGGUCUACCCUCCCCUGCAUACCUUGAUGGAAGCUUGCCAGGUGACAAUGGGUUUGACCCACUUGGGCUUGCUGAGGACCCGGAAAACCUCAAGUGGUAUAUACAGGCUGAGCUCGUCAAUAGCCGGUGGGCAAUGCUAGGCGUUGCAGGGAUGCUUCUCCCAGAGGUCUUUACUAAGAUUGGCAUCAUAAACGCGCCCCAGUGGUUUGAUGCUGGGAAGGCUGAAUACUUCGCAUCAUCAUCCACAUUGUUUGUGAUCGAAUUCAUCCUGUUCCACUACGUCGAGAUCCGUAGGUGGCAGGACAUUAAGAACCCCGGCUGCGUCAACCAGGACCCAAUCUUUAAGAACUAUAGCUUGGCACCGCAUCAGUGUGGAUACCCUGGAGGUCCAUUUAACCCGCUUAACUUUGAGCCGACUGAAGAAGCCAAGGAGAAGGAGCUUGCCAAUGGGAGAUUGGCAAUGUUGGCAUUCCUGGGCUUUGUGAUUCAGUACAAUGUGACUGGAAAGGGUCCAUUUGAGAACCUCCUGCAGCACCUGUCAGACCCAUGGCACAACACCAUCAUCCAAACUUUCUCACGUUAGAUGCAUAUACAUAUGUUUGUGUGUGUGUGUGUGUGUGUGUGUGUUGGAAAGCAUUGUUGGUGCUCUGUUUGUAACAUUGUUGGAGAUGGCAUUUUGAGUGAGAUUUGAGACAUAAUGAGAGCAUGAAGAGAAAAAUGAAUCACUCCUUCCCAUGUAUAUUAGAACUUUUCUCAUAUUACUGCAAUGCAAUCUACUAUAUUUU